GUGAGGGGCCCCUCUGAGACACUCUCUCAGAGCAUCAGUGGGCGCCUCCUUCUGCUCCUCACUGGAUGAACCCUGAAUCCUGCCUUUGGUGACAGGUGUUUUAAUGGUUGACUCUGAUCAGCUGACACGUUUCCAUGGAAAAGUGUAAAUGACGGAGUCCCUGUGCCUCUGAGCAGGGACACAACCAGACAGGAAGUUGGGCAGUUUAGUUUUCUGACCAUGAGCCAGCAGAGUUUCAGUAUCAGAGUUCUAGCUGACUGUGUUCUCCUGCAGAACAAGACUCCGUCUGCUUUAACCCCAAACUCAGACCUGCUGCUCUGCCGCCGAUGGCAGACGUCUGCUGAAGGCUGACGGAGGACUGCAUCCUGAUUGGACCGUUCCACAGACCGAACAUGGCGGCCUCUGAGGUGAAUCUGGAGGACUACAGUCUUUACAGUCACCUGUCUGAUGAGGAGCUGUUACAGAUCGCUGUGGAGAGAAGCCUGCAGCUUACUCCAUACUCUGUUCAGAGCACAUCAUCAUCAUCCUCAGCCCCUCCCGCCCCUGCUGCGCCCUAUCAAACAAACCCCAGACAGAGACAUCCUGACCCCCACAGACACCUGCCCUACAUCCCUUUAUACCAACCUCCACCUCCAGACACCCUACAUGUCCCAAACUGUGCAAACUCCCCGAAAGGCCAGUCCCAGUUCAACUACAGCGCCCCCAAGAGAGAGUUCAGUCCUCUGCAGUCUCUGAUAAUAAACGGAGAUGCAGAAGCUUUGAUGAAUUUGGUCAGACGGAGGUCCGGCAGUCUGAUGGAGCCGAACGACGAAGGCUGGAUCGCUCUUCAUGAAGCCGCUUAUUACGGACAGCUGCAGUGUGUCAGCAUCCUCAUCAGAGCUCAUCCCGAGUCCGUGAACAGAUGCACUUUAAAUAAUCAGACCGCUCUGCUGCUGGCUGCUGAUCGAGGAAAUGUUUCCUGUGUCCACUUCCUCUUGAAGCACAGAGCUGAUCCGAACAUCGCCAGCAAAGACCAAGAGACGCCACUGUUCGCAGCCUGUGAACAUCCGAACAAAGCCAUUGUGGAACUGCUGCUGAGGUUUGGAGCCAAGGUGAAUCGCUGCACUCAGGGAGGAAGUGCUCUGCAUGAAGCUUGCAGACACGGACAGGUGGACAUCUGCAGGGUGUUACUAGAGGCCGGAGCCAAUAUACACAGCAAAAACAUCUACGGCAUCCAGCCGCUCUUCACCGCCGCACAGCACGGACUCUGCGAUAUCCUCCAGCUGCUGGCUGAGAAAGGUGCAGAUAUAAAUGGAGAGGCAAGGGACGGAGCCUCGCCGCUGUAUGAAGCUUGUAAGAACGGUCAUGUUGCUGCUGUGGAGGUGCUGCUCUCUCUGAAAGCUGACGCUAACCGAUCCAUGAAGUCUGGCCUGCUGCCUCUUCAUGUGGCUGUUCAGAACAAUCACACACGCAUCGUGUCGCUGCUGAUCCCAGUGACCAGCAAAGUCAGAGUCCAGCACAGCGGCAUCAGUCCUCUGCACAUCGCCGCAGAGAACAACAGGGAUGAUAUCCUGGAGCUGUUGAUUGAAUCCGGCUUCAACGUCAAUGCCAAGCUGUCGGAGGAACGAUCCAGGAUGUACGAGGACCGGCGAAGCACAGUGCUUUACUUCUCUGUCUCCAACGGGAACCUGGAGGCCAGCGAGAUGCUGCUGGAGGCUGGAGCAGACCCCAACCUGGACGUCUUCAACCCGCUGCUCAUUGGCGUCCGGCUCGGCUGGAUGGACAUGGCGACGCUGCUGCUGAAGUACGGGGCCAACGUCAACGCUCAGAUCUCCACCCAGCCGUCCUCGUUCCCGUCGGCCAUCCUGCUCAACAUGGAGUCUCUGCCCAUGCUCAAACUACUUCUGGACAACGGCUGCGAUGCCCGGGCUUGCUUUGACUGUCCAUACGGCCAAAAACCACAUCCGGCCGUCGAGCCGUUACGCCGUCCCAUCGAAGAACUGCAGGUCAACAGAGAUGCUCCGCUGCAGAGCAGCAUACAGUUCUGCGAAGCCGUCUCCAGGUCGUCUUUGUGCCGUGUAAGCGGUCCGAUCAUCUCGGUGCUGCUUGACUACGUCAGUCAUGUCCGUCUCUGCUCGCGGCUGCUGGAGGUUCUGGAGAGUCGCAGCGACUGGGCACCAAUCAUACUGAAAGCUCUUCCUCCUCAUCCUCUGAUGCAGCUCUGCAGGUUGAAGAUCAGACAUCUGGUCGGAGUCCGGAGACUCAAACUGCUCCCCUCUCUGCCACUUCCUGUCCGACUCAUCCGCUUCCUGCUCCACGACGUCCACUGCUCGCUCGCCUGAUAGCCACACGUGUUGGCAGCUCGCCGGCGCAGGGAGUAACCGCUAACCGGCCUCGUUCACAAACCUUUUACGCACAAAUAAGUAUUUUCUUAUUAAAUUUGUUCGUACUCUGCCUCGGAACAAGCGCACGCCCGGUGAUGGAGGCGGGCUGUCAAUGCACACCUUGGUACUAAAUGCAUGUUAAAGCCAUCAACUAAGGCUGUAAUAGACAGCGACAUGUCAAUGCUUUGGCCAAAUGUGUUGGAUCAGCUGAUGUCAUAAUUGAAAUAUUCAGUCCCAGGACCAUGUUGACAUGUGACACUUUCGGUUGUUUUUGCUGACUGAAACGUGUAGAAUAAUGAGCCGCUUUUAGUUUCUUCAGGCGUGAAGUUCUUUUUGAUUCUCACCGCUUCCUCCAUGAUACUCCUCUAGGCAAACCGCUUCCUCACAUGGACAGAUGGGGGCAUGGUAGAAGGCUGAUUUUAAAUUGUGGGCACCAGGGAUGUCACGAGAACCGACACUUCAGAACCAAGUCAAUACCAAACUUCUGAAAACACGUCGGUUCUCUUUUUGCUAGGUACUGUAGAUCAGAAGAGCAGUGAGUAGCUGCGUGUGGCUGAAGCUAGUUUGGUUUUUUUCAACAUAGAAAUGUCAAACCACUGCCAAGACAGACCAGCUCUCAUCUGUCCUGGACGUCUUUCUGAUGUUUUUAGUAAAGGAGUGUCGGGUGAAGUAUGUGGGAUUUUUACUGUUGUCCGUAUCGACUACUAAAUUUCUGGUGUCGAGACAUCCUACUGGGAACUUAACUUAAGGAAUGUUACUUGCACAACUUACGUAACCUGCAUAACUUCAGUAAAAUAUUUAAUGUUGACUUUUUGUUUGACGUGGGAAACGAACACCGGUCUCCUGGUUGAAAGUCUGGUUUAUGUCUCAUCAUCCACCCCAACCACCUCCUUACUCUGACUUCCUGUUAAAUACCCUCCACCUACCUUUAGCGUGGUAAACUGACACUACAGGGCGCCUCCCAGUGCGUCCCAAACUGAUGCCGACAGGUCUUGACCAUGGGUCCAUAUGUGACGACUUGAGAGAAAACAGGUUACUGGUCUCAUACUGGUCUUCUACCAUAUUUACAUCAUCGUAAGACCACGCCCAUCUUUUAGAAAAAGACGGAGAGACUUCGUCUCUUGUGAAAGUGGGACACACUUCAGUUAUAUGGAACCUAAAACCACGUUAUUUAUUUCAUGUUUUACUGUGUUCGUUUGUAUCUCAGCAGAAGUGAACUGUCUUGGUUUCUCUUCUCUAAAACAAUGUUUCCCAGUGCUUUCUAAUAAAAACUGAUUUAACUUGUGAA